CGCAGGGGUGGGGUGACCCGGUGGCUGUGAUCACGUGAGCGACUGUUGCCGAUGGCGGAGACGGACGAGCUGUUGCCCGGGAAGGUGGAGGGCGAGCGAAGCCGGCAGUCCGAUGACGCGCCAAGUCCGGGCUGUGCCUCGGCCCUCUGUGAUCCCCGGCAUUGGCUGCACCGCUUUGUGGUGCUGGCCGUCAUCUGUCUCUUGGGUUUCGGUAGUUACUUCUGCUAUGAUAAUCCAGCUGCUUUGCAGACCCAAGUUCUCAGUGAUAUGAAAGUUGAUACUGUCAGAUUCAUGCAACUGUAUGCGCUAUAUUCUUGGCCUAAUGUUAUCCUCUGCUUUUUUGGAGGGUUUUUACUAGACAAAGUAUUUGGAAUGCGCUUGGGAACAAUAAUCUUCAGCUUGUUCGUUUGUGUUGGACAAAUUAUCGUCGCUGCUGGAGCACUGUUGAAUGCGUUUUGGCUAAUGGAGCUAGGGAGAUUUGUCUUUGGGAUUGGCGGGGAAUCACUUGCUGUUGCACAAAACACGUAUGCAGUUAGCUGGUUUAAAGGCAAAGAGCUAAACCUUGUGUUUGGGUUGCAACUAAGCAUGGCUAGACUGGGUAGCACUGUGAACAUGAACAUUAUGGGGUGGAUCUAUGGAAAAGCAGUGAAGAUGGUGGGCUCUGUGGGUCACAUCACGCUUGGUAUAAGUCUCAUGAUAGCUGCUUCAACCUGUGUGUUUUCGUUGUUGUGUGCAUUUGCCAUUGCUUAUUUAGACAAAAGAGCUAAGAGGAUUUUAAAUAAAGAUCAAGGAAAAACAGGUGAAGUUGUGAAACUGAAAGACGUGAAGGAUUUCCCUUUAUCUCUCUGGCUGAUAUUCCUCAUCUGUGUUUUUUAUUAUGUGGCUGUCUUCCCAUUUAUUGGACUUGGAAAAGUAUUCUUCAUUGAAAAAUUCAACUUUUCUCUGAAACAAGCCAGUUUAAUCAACAGCAUUGUGUAUAUUAUCUCUGCCCCAGCUUCACCAGCAUUGGGACUUCUGGUGGAUAAAAUAGGAAAGAAUAUAUUUUGGGUUAUGUGUGCUGUGCUGAUCACAUUGGCUGCUCACAUGAUGUUGGCAUUCACCUUCUGGAACCCUUGGAUUGCUAUGAGUCUGUUGGGAAUAUCUUACUCUUUGCUUGCCUGCGCCCUGUGGCCAAUGGUAGCCUUUGUUGUUCCUGAGCACCAGCUGGGCACAGCUUACGGCUUCAUGCAGUCCAUACAGAAUUUGGGUCUUGCAGUAAUUGCAAUUGCUGCAGGUUGCAUAUUGGAUUCCAAAGGAUAUCUAUUUCUUGAAGUGUUUUUCUGUGCUUGUCUUUAUGGGGCACUGAUAGCUGUUGUAAUGCUCUAUUUCGUGGAUUUGUUGACUGAAGGUGAUCUCAAUGUGACUGCAUGGAAGCGUUCAAAACUCCAAGCUGUUGCUGCAGCAGAAUGAGAAUUAGGACUAGCAGCUCUCGGCCAGAAGUACACAACCUAUCAUCAUCAAAACGUCAACUUGAAGAAUAUAUUUAAUAUACUUUAAGAUUUUGGAAGAGGGGGAGGGAAGCACUUAAUUGAAGACUGCUGAUAUGAUUGUAAUCAGUUGUAACUUUGGCAAAUAUAUAGCAAGAUAACAUUGAAAUAUGUAAUUGUAAUGCUAAGUGGUUGUCAAAUGUUUACAGUGUAUUUUCUCUCAUUUAAAUGGGAGCUAUGAGCUCCAAAGUGCUUAGAAUAAUUUUUAAAAGUUGUAAAAUGUUACAUAUGGAGCUCAUCCUAUGAUAUCUAAUUAUGUUGUCAACAUUUGAGCUAGUUAUUCAUGAGUGGGUAAGUUUUCCAAUUUCAAUCUCAUACUUGUAACCUUUUGUGCAGCAAUAAUUUUUGUCUUGUGUGCUAAUACUGAUGAAGAUUGGAUUAUACUGGAAACUAUGAAGUAUCAAAGAACGAUUUUAAACUUUAUAAUAGAAUUUGCUGCUUACGAAGCAGUUUGCUGCUUACAACUAAAACCAUGCAUUAUGUUUUCUAAAAACAAAUGAAUAACACAUUCUUUUUAAAAAGGUAGAUGCUGUCAAUGAAAUAAUUGGAAUGGCUGUGAGAGUAAUACAUUGUUUCAAACUUGCGUUCCAGUGAGCUAAUGCAAGACUGCUGGCCAGUACAUUUUUAUAUUUAUUGUUUAACUGCAAAUUAACUUUCUUUGAUAUGCAAGUAGAACCGAUCUUCGUAUCAUUAAAGAAUCAUUUUUAAAAUUUCAACUAAAUACAAGUUAAAUCAGUUGACAAAAUCAGAUGUAUCCAGAUGAUCCAUGUGAAACUUUUUGUAUGUUUAAUUGAACGAGUUCAGUCACAAAUAAACAGCAAUGUGUA